AUGAGUAAAAGUAAAUUAGCGGAGUACAUAGCUUACGAAAACCUCAUCAGAUUAUUACUGUCUACAAUAGGACUAUGGUCGCCAGAAGAAUCAUCUCUAUUUUGUCGUUCAAUAAUUUACUUGCAGAUGUCAACAUGUAUUUUACCUUUUAUUGGAGUGUUCAAUUUCUUCAGAACAAAUUUUACAAAUGUUUCUCUUGCGACCAAAAGUUUUAGUCUUCUGGCGAGUUACCUGACAGUUAUCGUAAAAGGAUUUGCAAUAGUCCUAAAUCGAAAAGACGUAAAAGAUUUGCGUAAAAUGCUUGUCUCGCAUUACAACAACCUGAUCCGUGAUCCAAAAAUGACCAACAUAGUAUUGGACCAAAUAACGACAUUCCGACGGCUAUCUUACGUCGCAAUAUUUUUCGUAGUUGUUGCUUGCAUGUCUUACAUAAUAAUUCCAAUUAUUUUCAUAAUUUCCCAAUUAAUUCGUGGAGCUGACCACAUAAAAUAUAUUCUCCCAUUUCCGACAAUUUAUAAUUGGGAAAUACCCCCGAAUGGAUUUCGCUACCGAGUGCACUUUUUGACAGAGUCAUUCGCCAUUUUUAGUAUAAUUUUAAUAACAAUUGCCGUGGAUAAUUUGUACUCACUCCAUGUUUUCCAAAUUAUUGGAUUUUUGCGGGAAAUAUCUUACCGCAUGAAGCACUUCCACGAAGACAAUGACGACAAAGGAUCUAGUGACCUGGUUGUUCGAAGGUGUGUUUUUCAGUACGGAAUUUUAAUAGCGUCAUGUCGAAAGCUCCAGCGUAUUUACGGACCCAUCAUCCUGUGGACAAUGGGAACUAAUGCUGUGAUAUUAUGCGCUGUUACCUUCCAGCUCAGUCAAAUGAGUUCCAUAUCUAUAGGAAGGAUAAUUCUAUUUACAGCGUACGCAGGCGUUAAGUUGAUUCAAGUAUUUAUUUACGCGUGGGCUGGUACGCGACUUACUGCCGAAAGUGAAGAUUGCAGAGCGGCAUAUUACGCUGCUAACUGGGUUGGAAACAAGAGCUUCAUGCGGAACAUUAUCAUCAUGUUGGCCCAAAAACCCCUUAUUUUGACGGCUUGCAAUUAUUCAAUUGUUUCUGUUGAAAUGUUUGGAUCGGUUUUAAAUACUACAGCUUCGUACUUUUUACUUCUUAACACUUUUGAUGAAGCAUAA